GAAUCGAAAAAGAGGAAACCAUGAAGAGUCACGAACCACGUUCAAGCUCAUCUUGUGCAGCUUGCAAGUUCUUAAAGAGAAGGUGCAGUCCAAAUUGUCAAUUCGCUCCAUAUUUUCGGUCCGACGAGCCCAAGAAAUUCGCCAACGUUCACAAGGUGUUUGGGGCCAGCAAUGUGAGCAAGAUCUUGAACGAAGUGCCCGAGGAUCAACGAGAAGACACCGUUAAUUCUCUUGUUUACGAGGCCGAGGUGAGACUAAGGGACCCUGUUUAUGGUUGCAUUGGCGCCAUAGCUUCGUUACAACGAAAAAUGGCGGAGCUACAACAUGAUCUAAUGCUUGCUCGAACCCGUCUUGCUUAUUUUGCUACAAAGCAAAAUCCUACUACUAAUUGUUCCUUAAUGUUGGAUUAUGAUCCUUUUAAUGUCGCCAACAUGAUGCCUUCUGAUUUUGUGGAUGUUCCUAUCACCGCUGGGUACUUAGAUAGCUAUGCCCAAAAUUCAUUUGACAUGGACCAUUGUGCAUCUACCAAUGAGUUUGGCCAAUUUCCAUUCCCUUGAUUACCCCAUCUCUAGUUAUUUGCUUCUGUGUCUUGUGUCGUUAUUAGUAUUACUAAUAAUUUGUAAGUCUUUGCAGAAUGGUAUGGAACUCCAUGGUAUUUAAUGUAAUUAUUAGAAACAGACUUGAUGGGGUAAUAACUUGUCAAAAAAAAAAAUAUUAGACUGCAAAAUUCAUUUCCAUUUCUGCUGAUGCAGGGUAAUUCAA